GUUUCCCCUUCCAUCUACAACUGACUGGAAAAGCAAGCUGUCCCUUCUCCUGUGCUGCUUCCCCUUGAGAAUUUGUUUGGAAAAUGCAAAGGUCUGCCAUGAACACUCUCGAGAUCCCAGAACACGACCUCAAAGAGAUGGGCUCCCUGAUCCAAUCCCGCGUCGUCUUGGAAGUGUCCAAACAGGUACAAUCGUUACUGGAUUCCUUGGACACGACCACGCUUGACAUCGCAGUGACGGGUGAAUCGGGCGCAGGCAAAUCCACCUUCAUCAAUGCUCUGAGAGGUCUUCACGACGGCGACGCCCAUGCCGCCCUUACUGGUGUCAUCGAGACCACGGUUUCACCCACGCCGUACCAGCACCCUCACCUGCCCAACGUCCAGCUCUGGGACCUGCCUGGCAUCGGCACCCCGUGCUUCCAAGCCGAGACGUACCUGCACCAGACCAGCUUUGAGAGGUACGAUUUCUUCAUCAUCGUCGCCUCCGAACGCUUCCGGCAGAGCCAUGCGCAGUUGGCCCGUGCCGUGAAAGCUAUGGGCAAACACUUCUAUUUUGUUCGGUCCAAGGUGGAUCAGGACUUGCGUGCAACGCAGCGGCGUCGGCCGUCCCGUUUUCAGGAAGCUCAGGUAUUGCGGGAGAUGAAAGAAGACUGCCAACGCCAGCUGGAAAGAGAAGGCCUGGCUUCCCCCAAAGUCUUCCUCGUCUCCAGCUUUGAAUUACACCGAUUUGACUUCCCGCUUUUACAGGAUACUUUAGCGGAAGAGCUGGAAGAUCAGAAGCGGCAUGUCCUGUUGCUUUCUUUUCCAUCCGUCACUGCCGCAGCUGUGCAGAAGAAGAAGAACUCCCUGCGUAGGCACAUCUGGAAGAAGGCCCUGAUGGCUUGCUUUGUCUCGGCUCUGCCCGGCCUUCCCAUCCAUCUGAACAUCCCGAUGCUCAUGAACACCCUUGUCUCCUACCGCAGGAAUUUCGGCCUGGAUGACGCCUCUCUGGGGACCUUGGCCUUCGCAGCCUCUAAGCCUCCUUCUGAACUGAAAAGUCAGAUCUGUUCGACUUUAGGGAAGGAUCUCUCGGAGAAUGCAGUCCACAGCAUUUUGAGCCAAGCUGCCAUCUACGGGCAAAUGGCUGCGAGGCUGGUGAAGAACAAGGUGCCGCUUUUGGACAACUUAGUUGCCGGGGGCGUCUCUUUCGUGGCCGCCUAUUACCUACUGCACACUGCCCUGGACAGCUUUGCGCAAGAUGCCCAACGAGUCCUCGAAAAGGCCUACGGUUUUGAGGAUGAGGCCCAAGCCAUGCUCUGUUACCCUCCAGAUCCGGGGUUCCUGUUUGAUUGAGGCUGGGCCAAGAAAGAAGUCACCACCAAACUCUUGCGAUAGCCAAAUGUUCACUCUCCCUGUUACGUUUCUGUAUCUCCUCAUUCCCUGUCAUGUCAAUCCAACUGGAGCAUGGAAAUGCACUCAUACACCUGUAUAAUUUAACAUUUUCACCAAAGUGCCCUCCAGGCAUAACUAUGAGGAAAUGCCUUCAAAGAACAGUGCUGCAUACAUUGGACAGUCUGUGUACAUUUCCACUUAAAUACAGCAAGACUGGAUGUUGGGGAAUUCUCUCUGUGGGUGGCAUGUACUAUGGGGUCACUAUAUUGGGUGGAUCUUAUGAACCCUUCGGUUUCGCCUGCCACGACAGCAAAACGUGUCAAAUUUAUGUGCCUUUCUGGUUCGGGAGCAACGGCCGAUAUGAGUACGGGAUAGCAAUCGAACUGUGGUCCUGCUCAUCUGGAAGACGGAUGCAGAUAACUACUCCGCUUUUGCAGGAUACUUGGUUUUCCUAGUGGAAACUUUUGUGUGUGUGUCGGGGUGGGUAGGGUUAUCUCUUAAAAGCAAUAAUGCUUCUGACAAUUUUAGACGAUUCUGAUGAAAAGGAAUUUAUUGGAAGUGAGGUCAUGUAAAGAGUUGGAUCCAGGAAUCUGACAUUUAUUUAAUUGCUGGCCUAACCACAGAUUUUCAAUCGAGUGGGACAAGCAGCGGGUGACCUCAGAAAAAGAAUGCCAAGAAGGCGGUUUCGCCUGCCAGCAUAACCGUAUGAAUUGCCAUGAAAACGCCGGCCUCCAGUGCAUUCUUCAGGGUCAUAAUAUCUGUGCUGAUCAGCUUGAUCUCAGCAGGGACUGGUUCUGGUUCUGCAUCAGCUGUGACCAAGUUCAUACUUUUAGCAGAGCUGGCUAAUAUUCUUAAUGAGAACAUGUGUGAAUGUUCUUUAUGCGUAAGCGUAAGCAACAUAACGCCCAGGGAAGCAAUGAGGGACAUUAGAAAUGGCAAUUUCAGAGACAAAGGAUUUCUGUUUUGGAGCAAGCCGAUGAUCGGCGUAGCCACUGCAAAGAAUGCCUUGGUUUGUCAUUUGCAAGGACAUCGCGUUGCAUAACAAGCCAGCCUUUUAAUGUAUUAUUACCUAUUCCAUUUUUUUAAAAAAAAUAUUAAAAUACAGAUUUUUACUAAUUAGCUGACUGAGCCUAAGCUACAACAUACUCUGUUCUCUUAAUAGCUACACUGACGAGAAAAUAUGCCUUUCUCUCUCUAUAUUUUUGGCAAAUUAAAGAAUAUUUGUAUUUAAUAAAAAGUCUAUUCUUCUGCA